AUGGACCUCCCGUUUCCGACAGACGUCACAGAGUUCGAUGCCGACGAUCGCAUCUCCUUUUCAAAGCUGGACGGCAAGUUCCUGGCCGUGCUGGACGAUGGUGCAGAGUUCGAGUUUGAUCACGACCAGAAGCGUUGGGUGCCAGCCGAAUACAACACUUUGGACGACGAUGAUGCAGAGGACUACGGAGGUGCGCCACGUGCGGGACAGCCGGAGGAAGCUGAGUUGGGGUCAAAGAAGAGGAAGAAUGGCGCAGCAGAGACUACACAGGGCGACAACCCGAAGCCAUCGCGGCCGAACAAACGACAGAAGCCGCCGCCGCAACCGAGGCAGAACACAGCCAUAUACGUAACGGGACUUCCGUCGGACGCUACAGUAGACGAGGUGUACGAUGUCUUCUCGCGCAAGGGCGGCGUCAUCGCCGAGGAGAUUGACAGCGGCGCGCCGCGCAUAAAGCUCUAUAAGGACGAGGAGGGUAACUUCAAGGGCGACGCCCUGAUAGUCUUCUUCAAGCCGCAGAGCGUCGAGAUGGCGAUUAUGCUCCUAGACGACACGGAUUUUCGCAUAACGGCGACGGGCGCGGCCGAGGGGAGGAUGCGCGUGCAGGCGGCUGAUACGAGCUACAAAAAGGUGCAACACGACCAAGAAGGAGGCGGCGGCGGCGGCCAGGGUGCGGCCGCAGCAGGCAAGCAAGGUGGUGAGAAGCGGCCGCCGCAGAGGAACGACAGGGACCGGCAGAAGAUUAUCAAGAGGACGCAGAAGCUGGAUGCCAAACUGGCAGACUGGGACGAUGACGAGCCAUACUCUGCACGUGGGGAGACGGCCAAGGUCAGCAGCAAGUGGGACAAGGUGGUGAUCCUCAGCCACAUGUUCACCCUCCAGGAGCUGGAGGAGGACCCGGCGGCGCUGCUGGAGAUCAAGGAGGACAUCCGGGACGAGUGCUCCAAGCUAGGUACCGUGACGAACGUGGUGCUCUUCGACCUGGAGUCCGAGGGCAUCGUGUCGGUCAAGUUCAAGGAUGCCGCCUCGGCAGAGGCCUGCAUCAAGGUGAUGCGCGGAAGGAGCUUUGGCGGCCACACCGUCAACGCAUUCCUGGCCACGGGGAGGGAGAAGUUUCAAAAGUCUAGCAAGGCAGAAGCUGAGGAGGAGGAUUCGGACUAG